AUGUAAUACCAAACAUUUAAGCCAACAAUUUUGAAUGAUACCACCAAUUAAUAAUAAUAAGGAAUGGCAAGACCUAGCUCUAAAUUCGUAAGUUAAAAAAUAGACCAUACAAAUAGUAUUAAUGAAAAUAAAAAAUCUGUGGCUUAAUAAAUAGAAGCUAUAGAAUAUAUUUAGGAAAUAGAGGAAUAAAAAUCUGUAAUAGAAGGAUAAAAUUAAUUUAUCUAAAUUUUAAGAAAUUCAAUAGAGAGUAAAUUAUAGAUUGAAGGAUUUUAAAUGAUAUUAGAUUAAGUAGAAAAUAUGUCAAAAGAAUAAAAAAUUGAUUUAUUUGCAUUAAUUACAUAGUUAUAUUAGGAGUUGUCAAUCUAAAAUUAAUAAAAUGCACAGGUUGAAAAUUUAUAACAAUUAGUAGAAAAUUUAAAUAAAUAAAUAAAUUGUUAUGCCAAAGAAUUAACGGAAUUAAAGGUUGAUAAGUAAUAUUUGUUGGAUUAACUUGAUUAAUUAUAAGGUAUCACUAAAGAUGAUGACACUAUUUUAUUUAAAGAUGCAUAAAUAUCAAAAUUAGAAUCAGAGAUUCAGCAUUAUAAAACUCAGAAUUAGAAAUUGCUUUUGCAAAAUGAAAAAUAUUAAGAGGAUCUAACCUAACUGGAGAAAAGACUAAAUAAGAUUCAUCUUAAUUUAAAAACUGAGGAAUGCGAGAAAGAAGAACUAAUCAAAGAAUUAGAAAAUUUAAAAUAAACUUUCUACAAAAGUCAAGUUAAAGAAGAACAUAAAUUAGAACUAAAUUUAGCUUUAAAGGAAUAAGAGUUAGAAUUUAGUAAUAAUAAAAUCAAAAAGUUAGAGGCUUAAAUUAAAGAAUUAAAUUUAUUAAUAGAAGAGUAAUAAAAAUAAAUUGGAACAUAAAAAUAUUAAAUAGAAAAUUUGCAAUAAUAGCAUUAAUUAUAAUAUGAUUAAUUAGAGAUUGAAAUGAAUUAAUAUCGAAAUGAAAUUCAUGAAUAAUAAAUGUAUUGUGAACAAUUGUAAUCAUAGUUAUCAGUGUCAGAAUAAUUUAUUUAAUAAAGUAAAUAUUUAUAAUAAAUAAAAAGUUAUCGAUGAAAUGCGUAAAAUUAUAAAAACUAAUGACUUAGAUAUUUUCAAUAUCUUAUAACAAUUAUCAGAAAAUAUUUAAACUUUAAACUCAAAUGAAUAAAGGUUGAAGUAGAGUGAACAUGAAAAAUCUUAAAUAAUCUUUGAUUUAUAACAUUAAUUUACAGACUCCUAAUAAAAUAAUUAAUAAUUAUCUGAGUAAAUAUCCCUAUUAAGUGCAUAAACAUAGUAAUAUUAAAAUGAUAUCAAAUAAUUAGAAAAAUAAAAACGAUUAUUUAGGUAGGAAUUUGCUCAUAUGAAAUAAUUAGAAGAAUAGAAAAAUCAAGAAAUUAAGGAGUUAGAAAAAUAAUUUUAAAAAUUUGAUAAAAAAUUCUCUGAAUAAUUAGAAAGAUCUAUAAAAAUAGAGAAAGAAAAUGCUUAAUUAAAAGAAUAAUUGUCCCUUUCUUAAUAGUAAUUAGCUAAUGCAAAAAGUCAAGUUUCUAAUAAAAAAUCUCUAAGCUUCAGCUAAUCAUCAUUUACAGAAUAAAAAGCAAAAAAUUACGAUUAUAUUGCGCUUUUAUAAACUGUAAAAUAUAUUGUUAUAUAAGUUUGAAAAAGUAAAGCCUUUAUUUCCAAGUGAAGCUCUUGAUUUAGUUUAGGAGAUGCACACUUUACAGAACAAAUUAGUAAGGACAGAUGAAAUAGAUAGUUAAUUAAUUUAAGAAGAAAUAAAGAUAUAACAAAAAAUAUCUAUUUAAUAACUCAAUCUAAAAAAUAUGCAGGCUUAUCUGUCUAAAAUAUUAUCCGAAAAUAAAAAAUUAAAAUUAGAAGUACUUACAUUAAAUUUAUAUCAAAGUUAUAAAUGAAUUAACCUAUACAUGCUGAGUAAUCCUAAUCAUAAGAAUGUUUAUCAUAUGAUUAAGGUAGAAGCUUCUCUAGAUUUCAUAAGUAAUCAAUGUCAGUUCAUACAAAACCAAAAUGUUAAUGAUUUUUAAGAAAUAACUUAAUUGAAUUUUUUGACAAAGUAUAUAUUAUUCUACUUCUAUCUUUGUAUAUUGUAAUUGAUUAGUGCUUAGAUUAACAUCUUAAAUAUUUCAGCCAGAUAUAAUUUAUUAAUCCACUUAAGGUUUUCAAUUAAAUUAAAUUUUACAUAUUUUUUUAUAUUUAAAUGUAAAAUCACACAUAGCCUUUUUAUUAUUUUUAUUUAUUAAUUUAUUGUUUCAUGCACUAGAACGAUUAAAAUCAAGGUUCAUUAUUGUCAUAAUAAUUAAGCUAACAUUGAUUUCAAUUAAUAAUAUACAUUAGAAGAUGAAAAAUAUUACAAAUUACCUAAUUUGAUUGUUGGAAAUUUUAAGGGCCAAAGAACUCAUAUCAAUGUAAUAAUGAUUGUAUCCUUUUAGUAUUAGCAAGAUAUAAAAAAAUUGGAUGAUGAUUUAAAGGAUAUUGCAGAGUCAACAGUUCUUAAACUUAGAGAUUAUGCUAAAGUUUGGGAUGUCGACUCUACAAAUUAAAAAUAAAGAUAUUACUUCAACAUUCCACCAACAAGCUUCUUGCAUAAAAUUAAGGAGUUUGAAUUACCUAAAAAUUUUUAGGCUGUAAAAUUUUUGAUUUUAAUCAUUUAAGUACGAAUAUAAUGCUGUAUCCAAUUUAUCGGAAAAGCAAAUUAAAGAAAUGUAUGAAACUGGAACUUUUGAAGUUCCCUCUAAAUAAUUUCCAAUUCCAUACGUUUGGUAGAUAUCAUCAUGGGUUAUAAAAGGUAAACCAUCAUUAUUUUAUCUAAGGAAGUUAAAAUAUAAAAACUUCAAAAUAUUUAGAUCUUGCAAGAGCUUACAAAGCUUAUAGAACUUGGCUUGCCUAUAUAGCUUAAGAAAAAGAUGAAAUAGGAAGAAACAUAUCACUUAGAUCUGCAAUUUAUAAUAUCGGAAUUGUAUUUUUUUUUAUAAAUAAAAUAGAGACCAUUAGUAAUAUUUUCUAUUUUUUUUGGAUUUAAAGAGAUGUAUUCUUAUGUAGAAGAACAAAAAAUAUUGUCUUUAAUUGAAACUUAAAGGCAACUUGAAUUGAAGAAAUUACAGAAUAUCAAUAUCGAAUUAUAUAAAUAUUUAUAAUUAAAGCCUGGUGAUUAUAAAAAUGUUGAAGCUAAAUAAAAAUAUGAAGACUUAUAAUAAUGCUAAAAUUAAUUUGAAAUUGAGAGAAAUGGAAUAAAAUUGUAAAUGCAAAACCUAUACGAUAUCCAAACAGAAAAGAAAACUCUUUUAGAAACUGAAGAUGAAGAGAUUAUCGAGUAACACGAACAUUUACAAGAAUAAAUAAACUAAUUACAAAGCGAUUUUGUUAAAAAAUAUAAUCUUUUUAUUGAUAAGAAUAUUGAUAUAAAUCUAUAAAUCGAAUUAGCUGAAUAUUCAGCCCAAAAGUAGUUUUGGGAAAAAACAAAAUAUUCAAAACCUAUUGUUAAUCAAAUUAUUUCAUUAGGAGAUUGUCUACGGCUUUAUGAUUAUCAUAAUGAUAUUUAUCAAGCAAAAUAUAAUUCAGCAAUAAAAAGAUUCAAAGAAUAAAUAAAAUAAUAACAUAAAAUAAAAUCUAAUUUCCAACAGUUUGUUGAUGAAGAGACUUAAAAAUUCAAAAAGGAUGUGAAAAAAUAACUCAAAUAAUAAUUUGUUUCAAAUUUUUAAGAAGAUAUGAAAUUAUUAAAUUUGCCUGAAAUAUAAGUUUAUGAAUAAUUUUAGAAAUGUAAAAAAUAGAUGAGGGACAAUUUUAAGCAAAUGAGAAUCCAACAAAAAAUGGAAAAUAAAGAGGCCUCUAUUAAACUUGUUGUGUAUAGUUUUCAUAUAAAAUUAGAUCAAAACGAUUAUUUCCUCCAUAUGAAGUUUACUAAGAAAGGAAUAGAUUUUAUUUGAGAAGAUAUAAAGAUUAUCACAUUGAUUCUUCUAAAGCUGGUUGGAAGCUUAAAUUAAUAGGGAUAAGAUAUUAUGUUUGGACAAUCAACAUUAUUUUUUGGUUAAGUGCAAAUGCUGUUUCAGGACCUAUUGGAAUUAAAGCUUUAAUAAAAAAGGAAAAAUUUAAACCAGACGUGACGAUUGAUUCCAUUACAGGUUAAGUUAUGCCUUCAAGUUUUACUGUUACUCCUUUAAUAAUAAAGUUUUUUUAAGUAUUAGAAGGUAUGAAAAACUCAAGGUGUCAUUUUGAGAAUAGCGCUGAUACUGGUUUGUUUGGAAAAAAUUUGUAUCGAGUUUUUAAUUUAAUGGAAGUCUACAUUUUUAGAUUUUUAUUAGUAGGUAUUUUAGGAGUAUUAAUCAUUUUGCCAAUUAUCAUUUUAUCUAAUGUUGUAAUUUCUACUUUAUUGGCAUUCACUGCUUGGCUUUGGAUUCCUGUGACCAUCAUUAUUCGAAUCUUAUUUAAUGUAUUAAUUUAUGAUACAGACGUGUGUCGUAGAAGAGAGAAAGACAUUAUAUGGAGAUCUCCUAAUUGGUUCCCUUUAAUCAUCAAUAUUUUUGAUUUUUUAAUUUUAGGAAUAUUGAACACCAUUUAUUGCUUAUUUAAAUUGCUAUUAUGGCAUCCCUUUUGGAUAACUUUUAUGGCCAUAUUUGCCUAAAUGAGAUUUUAUACUAGAUCUUUUUAUGAUUCUUUUACUAUUAUAAUUAUAAAAUUAUUAGGAAGAGUUCCUUCUUCAGAAAACAAUAUAGCUUGGAAAAUCUCAGGACCUGGGUUAUCUAGAUAAUAUUUUUAUGGAGUAUAUAUGAUUGUUAUUUAAGAUCAAAUUGCCUUAAGUAUUGAUUUUAGUUCAAGCAGAAUUAGAGAAAAAGAUGUUAAAUCUGUAUAAAUAAAAAUUAAUAAAUCUAAUAAACAAACCUUCAUUAGAACUAAAGUAAAAAAUUAACCCAUUUUUCUAAUUAUUUAAUGUAAGAAAUUCUAAUAUAUCUAGGCUUAAUUUUCUUUUGAUGACCCAGCUUGCAGAUAUUUGACUAAUCAAUUAGAUAAAUAAAUAGAUGAAAGACUAAGCUUAUUUCCAAGCCUUAAACAUUAAAUUAGAUUUACUGAAGAUGAAUUAAAGUUUAUAUUAAAAUAGGUCAAAUCUUUUGUGAAAAAAUAAAUAAUCUUGAAAGACAUGAAAUCUUACAUUUGGGAUACCUACUAUGUUUAGAAAGGAGAUUAUAAUUUAUUAUGUGAAAAAAUUAUGGUUGCAAUAUUCGGUUAAGCUGUUCUUGAUCCAUUCGAAGAUAUAGAAAUGAGAUUUUAGCUUGUAAUACAAUUAUUUUAUCUUAGAAUGUUUCUUAAAACUUUGAUUUUAUUAGUAAAAUUGAUAGAGUAUUGGAUGGGGACUUAUUAUUUUAGCUUCCUUGUGAUUAUUAAAUUUAACCUAAAAAAUAAGGAGGUAACGAUAUUGUUUAAAAAAAAUUUAUUUCUUAUCAACAUGUAUUCUGUUUAUAUAUCUGUAGGUAUUAUAAGAAGUAUGGAAUUGGCAAAAUUUAAAGCAAAAUUAAAGUUCUUUAAACUCAAAAAGGAAUAGAUGCUUAAUAAAUUAUAGUAUAGAUCCAAAAGAGUGA